AUGCGCCUUCUCUAUACCGUGCAACAGGGCGAGUUGACUUUCACCAAUGACCUUAUCCACGGGAAAGAUGACAUACCUCCUUACGCAAUCCUAUCGCACACGUGGGAAGCCGACCACAAUAAUGAGAUCACCUAUAAAGACAUCAUGAAGCAGAGAGGGAGUCAGAAAUCUGGAUAUCAGAAAAUCCAGUUCUGCGCGGACCAAGCCAAAGCCGAUAGCCUAGAGCACUUCUGGGUCGAUACCUGCUGCAUCGACAAGACAAACGCCGCCGAACUCGCCGAAUCGAUCAACUCGAUGUUCCGCUGGUAUCAGCAUGCUGCGAAAUGCUACGUGUAUCUCUCCGACGUGUCUUCCGGUCGCAAUCAGAUACAUGAGCCCGUACGAUCGACAUGGAAGCAAAAAUUUCGAAGUAGCCGAUGGUUCAAAAGAGGGUGGACACUUCAAGAACUUAUCGCACCUGCUAUCGUUGAGUUCUUCUCGUCAGACAAGCAGCGGCUGGGUGAUAAGGAAACGCUUGGCCAGACGAUUCACGAAGUCAGUGGCAUUCCGAUACGUGCGCUCCAAGGAAUUUCUCUUUCAGAAUUCAGCGCGGAGGAACGGAUCUCGUGGUCGAAGACUCGGACGACAUCGAAGAGAGAGGAUAAGGCAUACUCUUUGCUCGGUUUGCUUUCUAUUUUCAUGCCAAUCAUUUACGGCGAAGGCGAACAGGAAGCAUUCGAGCGACUUCGCACCGAGAUUUCCAGGCGCUCUCCAUCAAGAGUGCUUUCAAGGCUUCUUGUCGCCGACGGAGCUGUGUAUGAUUCCCACACUGAUGAGCACAACCCGCAAUGUCUUCCAGAUACUCGAACCGAAGUCCUACGCGAGAUCGCUGAAUGGGCGCAUGAUUCUCUUUCGAAGACGGUUUACUGGCUGAAUGGAAUGGCUGGGACCGGAAAGUCGACCAUAUCACGUACGGUAGCCAAGAGACUUUUCGAUAGUGAGAUAGCCGCGCAUGUGCAGGCCGCUCUAGAUACCGACCCUGCUAUUGUUUCGAAGGCCCUACAGAAUCAAUUUGUUAAGCUGAUUAUGGAUCCAUUAUCGAAGAUCACAUCUUAUACCUCUACGAAUCGAACCUGCAUCAUAAUUAUUGACGCACUUGAUGAAUCUCAGCACGAAGUGGAUGUCAAAAUUCUGAUCAAACUAUUAUCUGGGGCCAGAAAAUUACACAAUCUGCAGCUCAAGUUCUUUCUCACGAGUCGUCCGGAGCUACCGAUCCGGCUUGGCUUCAAGGCUGUUGACGGCACAUUUCAAGACUUUAUCCUGCACGAAGUAGCAGAGCCGGUGAUUGAACACGACAUAGCCACAUAUUUAAAGCAUGAACUCAGUCAAAUACGAGAGGACUUUAAUCAAACCACAUCUAACAUCCGACAAUUACCAGCAAGUUGGCCAGCUGAGGCAGAUGUUCAGGUUCUUGUCGAGAUGGCUAUCCCAUUAUUCAUUUUCGCGGCAACAGUUUGUCGAUUCAUGGCAGAUCGCAAGGGUGGCAAUCCCCACAAGAAACUACAGAAAAUUCUUGAAUACCGGGCGAGACAAAGUUCCAGACUUGACGCUACGUACAAGCCGGUGCUCGAGCAGUUGACCACUGGACUGCCUUUAGAUGAGCAAAGAGAUAUCUUGCAGCAGUUUAGGACAGUUGUUGGUCCCAUUGUGGUUCUUAAGAAUCCACUCUCUUUGUCCGCUCUGGCGCAAUUGCUUAAUGUCGAAUCUGAAGAUAUUUCAGAUAUACUGGAUUUACUGCAUUCCGUUCUCCAUAUACCGACUUCAGGGGAACAGCCUAUCAGACUGCUUCAUCUGUCUUUCCGCGACUAUCUGGUAGAACCAGAGAGAUGUGAUGAUCCCUUUUGGAUAAACGAAAAAGAUGUUCACGGAUAUUUAGCUGCUCGGUGUUUGUGUGUGUUGAAAGCCUCGUUAAGAAACGACAUACUCGAUAUCCGAGCCCCAUCGAUGUCCUCUAGUCGAAUCAAUGCGAAAUUGCCUUCUGAAGUCCAAUAUGCAUGUCGAUUUUGGACAUAUCAUCUUCAAAAAUCCGUAGCGAACAGUCUAAAUACGACUGUUGUCUGGGGAUUCCUCUCGUUACACUUUCUCCAAUGGUUAGAGGCAUUAAGCUGGAUAGGCCGACUCCACGAGAGUUUAGUCAUGAUCGUGUCCUUGCAGUCAAUUAUCCCAGUAUACUCUUCGGGCUUAGCAUUCUCGCCAAGCCAAAGUAUUGUUCGGAGCGUUUUUAGGCACGAUAUGCCGAAAUGGAUAGAUUUGGAACCCAGAAUGCCAUUAUACUGGAGCGAUCGGCAGGCGACGCUCGAGGGGCAUACGAGCUUUGUCAGUUCGGUGGCGUUCUCGCCGGACGGCCAGCGGGUGGCGUCGGCGUCGAGCGAUAAGACGGUGAUCCUCUGGUCGGCGGCGACAGGCGAUCGGCAGGCGACGCUCGAGGGGCAUACGAGCUUUGUCAGUUCGGUGGCGUUCUCGCCGGACGGCCAGCGGGUGGCGUCGGCGUCGAGCGAUAAGACGGUGAUCCUCUGGUCGGCGGCGACAGGCGAUCGGCAGGCGACGCUCGUGGGGCAUACGAGCUAUGUCAGUUCGGUGGCGUUCUCGCCGGACGGCCAGCGGGUGGCGUCGGCGUCGAGCGACAGGUCGGUGAUCCUCUGGUCGGCGGCGACGGGCGAGAAGAUCUACACGAUAAAUACUGGGUUUGUUCACGAUUUGCGUUUUAACUUAACAGGCACACGACUUUUAACGAACCGAGGGUCGUUCAUUGUAAGAGCCGUAGAUGACAUUAGUCCAGAGACAUCCCAUGACCCUUCCUUCCAUGAUGCAGCUAGCAUCGGUUUUGGAAUUAGUAAGGACAUGUCCUGGGUCACUUUGAACGGGCGGAAUAUCUUGUGGCUGCCCGUAAAAUAUCGUCCGGUAGAAUCUGCCGUCCUUGGCAAUACCAUUGCCAUUGGUUGUUCAUCCGGCAACGUCUUGAUUCUGCGGAUUAUGCAACAAGGUUGAAGUGUUUACCGGUUCAGAUUGUUUCUUUUUUUUCCUCAUCUCUUUGCAAAGGAGGGCAUAAGGGUAGUCUUAUAUUUAUCUUCAACUGUCCCGCUCACUAGAAGGUUCUAGAACGUUCGUGAAGAACCACUUAAAUGAUUAUUGUGCCAUUUUCCU